GCCGACCUUGCCAGUCCUUCAAUAGCUCAUUGGCUCGUUUGAUAGCCAAAUUUUCGCCCGCUGGCCAUGCUGCGGCCUGGCAUAUGGGGCCAACGUGCCUCCCCCGUGCAAGUACCCCUUGCUCCAGCAUGCCCAGGUCCGAUGUUGAUUCGACAUAGCUGCCAGAUGGUUUGCCACCAGCUGCCGCACUGGCCAUUAGAGAAAUCACUUAGCCAAGCACGGCCGGAUCACGAGCGCCGCAUGGCCAUAGCUUUGCUGGCGCUGGAAGCUCGUUCUCGUGAGGCCGAGCCUCAAAAGCACUGGCUGAAUUCGGAGAAAGCUCCGUGCAGAAAAUGGCAUGGGGUGAACUAUGGAAAUCGCUUCAUUCCAGAAGAUUGGAUGAGGCAUCCCUACAAUUUCUUCCAGCCCGUCCGCCGAAGCGCACGACGAGCGGCCUUGUGGGACUUAAAAGGACCAGAAGCCAAACAGAGGAUGAUGUCAUGGCUAGAUGCCACAAUCUUAGAGAAUCACUUCGCAGAGAUGAAGACAAUGGGCGUUGAAGUCUUGCGGGUACCCUGUGGCUAUUGGAACUGGGUGACGUAUGCCCAUGAUGAUGGGCCGGAAGUAUCAGGGGUCUAUGCCACGGGCCCAAUCCGAGACAGGCUGAAAAACCUUCAUCGGAUUGCUUCUCCCCGUGAAUACAGACAAUACUUUGACAAAAUUUUUGACUUCGCAGAACGGCACGGGAUACAAAUCUUGCUUGAUUUGCAUGCCGUGCCAGGAUCCCAAAACGGAGAAAUCCACAGUGGCGUUUGCAUUGAGUCAAACGAGGACGAACAUCAUCGACAUUUGGGUUUCUUUCAGUGCCAGGCAAACUUGCGCAUGGCCGUCAAUGCCGUCCGAGAAAUGGCUAGGUAUGGAAGGAGUAAGAGGAAUUUGUUUGGGAUCCAAGUGAUUAGCGAGCCGCACCUUCAUACAGAUGAGGGACACGCAUAUUUGCAAUCCUACUAUCAACAAGCCAUCCUGGCAGCACGGGAAUUUCUGGAUAGCAGCGUGCCCAUCGUUCUCUUCGAGUGGACCUAUGAGAUGUUAAAGUGGGAUGAUGAUGCAUUUCCUGAGUCCACCUAUGGAAGAGUAUGCUGGGAUACCCACCUCUACCAUUUUCCGGCACCUGGCGAGAAAUGGACUUCGGAGAACAAUGGUUUGGAACAGGCAAAGCAAGCCUAUUCCUGGGAUUUACAGCAAUUGCGACAAUUUGCACGUGCACAAGGCCGCGACCGCGUCUUCGUGGGCGAGUUCUCCUUGGCGGGACCCUCGCUGAAGGCCAGCGAAACCAAAGACUUUGCAGCAUGGCUUGUGGAGCAGAUGGACUUCGCGUGUGGUGGUUCGAUGCUUUGGUCCUAUGACAAUCGGAUCACCGCAUGGAGUUUACAACGUCAGUGGCAGGAAUUGGGCCUCAACUGGCGGAGCCUUUGGGCAGAGUCGGAUGGUGCUUUUCUUGAGGGUCCCAUGGUGGGCUUCCGUGCGGCCGCCUUUGGCACGUGGCUGCGGGCCACUGAGAAAGGAGCUGUGGAGGCUGAUGCACCUGAGCACUCUUGGUGGGAAGAGUGGGUGCCAUAUACCUAUCGCGUGCAAGGCAGACAGAAACUGGCCUUGAGGUCUGCAGCCUUUGGCACCUGGCUUAGCGUCACCCGGGAGGGAGAAGUGGUCCAGUCAAAUGACAGGUCAGCCUGGGAGGAGUUUUCAGUCCUUUCACAUUCAGAUCACGAAAGUCGAGGGCGUCGCAUCUCCCUCCAGUCCUUUCACGGCUCCUGGCUAGCCGUAAGACGCUUUCGGCCCAACGACCGCCUCUUGCUUUCUGCUGCCUAUUCCAUUCAUGACACCGAGGUGACCACAACCUGGCUGGUGACAUGAGCUCAAUCGCUGCUUCACGUGGGAUCCCGAAAGAAGGAUCGAACGCCGCAGGAAAAGGAAGCUGUCAAGUGACUUGGUUUAGCCAACUGUUGG